UAGGUUUUGUGUCUAUCUUCUUCUUCUUCAUCUUCAUCAACCAGUUUAGAUUUGUUUUGUAUACCCUUUGUUAAGAUCAUCAAUGGGGUAUUUGAGUUUUUGACUCAUGAGAUCAUCAUGACCUAAUACACUUUGGAGGGUUCCAUCUUCUUCUUCUUCAACCUCCCUUACCUGACCUGUCAUCUUCAUUGUUCUGCUAUUUAACUUCACCUAUUUCAGAACAAGACUCUCCAACACCAACUUGUUUCUCUCUCUUUCUUUCUUUCUUUCUUUCUUUCUUUCUUUUUCUGGGUUGAUUCCUUCAUCCUUUUCUUGUUGGAAUCUCUGUUUUUGUUCUAUGAUGCAUGCUUGAAAAAGGAGUUUAAUCAUGAAGUUUAUGAAACUUGGAUCCAGGCCUGAUACUUUCUACACUACUGAAGCUAUUAGAUCGGUUUCAACUGAAGUAACGAGUGAUCUCAUUGUUCAAAUCAAGGGUAGCAGAUAUUUGCUUCACAAGUUUCCCCUGCUUUCCAAAUGCUUGCGUCUUCAAAGGAUAUGUUCACAGAAUCUAGAAGCUUCCCAACACCAAAUGAUACACCUCCCUGAUUUCCCCGGCGGCGUGGAAGCUUUCGAACUCUGCGCCAAAUUCUGCUACGGCAUAACGGUAACACUAAGCGCAUAUAACAUCGUCGCCGCUAGAUGCGCAGCCGAGUAUCUUCAAAUGACGGAGGAUGUUGAGAAAGGAAACUUGAUUUACAAAAUUGAAGUGUUUUUCAAUUCAUGUAUACUUCAUGGAUGGAAAGAUUCAAUUGUUACCCUUCAAUGUACAAAAGCAUUCCCCAUGUGGUCUGAAGAUCUUGGAAUCACCAGCCGAUGCAUCGACGCGAUUGCUUCUAAAGUUCUUGAAAACCCGUUGAAGACGAACUUGAGCUUGUCCCAUAGCCAUUCCAGAAGAGGAAACGAUGUUGUUUCGUGUAACGGACAUAAACAUGUGAAUUCGAAAGUAUGGUGGGCGGAGGAUUUAGCUGAAUUGAAUAUAGAUCUUUAUUGGAGAUCGAUUAUAGCAAUCAAAUCAGGUGGUAAAGUUCCUUCGAAUCUCAUUGGAGAUGCGUUAAGAACUUACGCUUCAAGAUGGUUACCAAACGCACCCAAGAAACAAUCUGAAACAGAGGACGCGACCACGGAUGGGAAUUCGAAAAACAGACUUCUUCUAGAAUCUAUUAUAAGUUUACUACCAUCGGAUAAAGGAUCUGUUUCUUGUAGUUUCCUUUUGAAACUAUUGAAAGCUGCUAAUAUACUUAAUGCUUCGUCUUCAUCGAAGAUGGAAUUAGCUAGAAGAGUUGGGUUGCAAUUUGAGGAGGCGAAUUUCAAUGAUCUGUUAAUACCAAUACCAAUACCAACUUUGGUGGUUUCGAACAAACAUGAAAUGAUUUAUGAUGUGGAUGUGGUGAUUUCGAUUUUGGAGUAUUUCUUGUUGCAGGGACAGAGUCCUCCGACAAGUCCGACGAGAAUUAAGGAUGGGUUUGAGAGAAGGAGGAGAUCUCGGUCGGCUGAGAAUGGUGAAUUCGAGUUUCAAGAGAACAGGAGGUCGUCUUCUUCAUCGCAUAGCUCGAAAUUGAGAGUGGCGAGAAUUGUUGAUAGGUAUCUUCAAGAGAUUGUUAAAGAUCCCAAUUUGCCACUUAAUAAGUUCAUAGCACUUGCUGAAGCUGUCCCGGAUUUCGCAAGGGUUGAUCAUGAUGAUCUUUACAAAGCCAUUGAUAUUUAUCUCAAGGAACAUCCGUCGCUAAACAAGAGCGAACGAAAGCGGCUAUGCAGAAUGUUGGACUGCAAGAAGUUAUCAAUGGAUGUAUGCAUGCACGCAGCACAAAACGAGUUACUUCCACUAAGGGUAGUCGUUCAAGUUCUCUUCUUCGAGCAAGCCCGGGCAGCCAUGGGCAGCGCAAGCGGGCAGAUCAACGAGCUUCCAAGCAAUAUCAAAGCACUUCUAACCGCACAUGGGAAUAAUCAAUCAAAGCCAAAAGGAGCAUCAUUAAGCACAAAUGCGACAGUUGCCCCCGACGAUCAAUGGAGUGUCUCGGGCUUGAAAUCGCCAAAAUCGAGCAUGUCUACAUUGAGGAUGAAAUUAGAGGAAGAUGAUGAUAAAGAAUUGGAGGAGAAUUUUGGUAAAUCUUCAUCGAGAAUAAAGUCUUUAAUUUGUGCUAUACCACCUAGACCUAAGAAAAUAUUGGGUAAGUUAUGGUCCAUGAAUAGAAGUACUGCCAGUGAGAAGAAUUGACUGGUUUUAAUUAUUAUAUGUUUUAUAAUAUACUCUCUUUGUAUUAGUAGUAGUAGUAAUUAAUCCUUGCAAUUAAAUUUCCUUGUUAUUUUUGAA